GGAGAGGAUCGGUAACGCAUGCUGACAGCUCAUCAGGCACAGCUGGGCGGUUUGUUUGUUGUCGCGGCUGGAAAUUCCUUAAAACUCUGUCCAUUUUCUCGCGAGGAAGAUGGUGUCUGUGAUCAACACGGUGGACACUGGGCACGAGGACAUGGUGCACGACGCCAAGAUGGACUACUGCGGCCUUCGGCUGUCCACCUGCUCGUCGGACAUGAGCGUUAAGGUGUACGACGUGCGCAACGGCACGCAGACCCUGGUGGCCGACCUCAAGGGCCACGAAGGGCCCGUGUGGCAGGUGGCCUGGGCCCACCCCAAGUUCGGCUCCCUGCUCGCCUCGUGCUCCUACGACCGAAAGGUCAUCAUCUGGAAGGAGAACAACGACAAGUGGGUCAAGUUCUACGAGUACUCCAACCACGAGUCCUCCGUUAACUCUGUGGCUUGGGCGCCUCACGAGUACGGACUGAUCUUGUGUUGCGGAAGUUCCGACGGUUCCGUCUCGAUUCUCACCAAUGUCGGUUCUGGCCAGUGGGACGCAAAGAAAAUUGUCAAUGCUCAUACAAUUGGUUGCAAUGCUGUGAGCUGGGCACCUGCAACAACGCCAAAUUCUCUCUUUGACAACAACAGCAACAAACCAGUCAAGAGAAUAGUUACCGGUGGUUGCGACAACCUUGUUAAGAUUUGGAGGCAAGAAGGUGAUUCUUGGGUUGAGGAGGCUAAACUGGAACGUCAUUCCGAUUGGGUCAGAGAUGUGGCUUGGGCUCCUUCACUUGGCCUUCCCCGCAGCUACAUUGCCAGUGGCUCCCAAGAUCGAAGGGUGAUCAUCUGGAGCAAGGACGGAAAUGAGGCCUGGCGGCACACAGUCAUCAACACUUUUGAUGAUGUCAUUUGGAGCGUCAGUUGGUCCCUCACGGGAAACAUUCUUGCUGUCACCGGUGGAGACAACAAAGUGACCCUUUGGAGGCGAGACCCAGCCUCUGACGACUCGUGGACCUGCAUUAGUGACGUGAACAAGGGUCAGGGCCAGUUGAUCUCUGGGGAGCAGAGGGCCUUGUGAGGUUGGCCUAAACGGAGGAGGAGCAUGAGGUGAAUUUGGGAAACUAUUCUCGAUGGUUGCUGUUAAUUAAGCAAGAAAUUUCAUCCCAUUACAAUGUAAAUUACGAGGAGAAAACCUGAAAAGUAUGUUUGUAUCUAAUAAACUGUUCGAAUAGAA